AGCGGUCUGCCGGUUUUCUACGGCGACGUGAUGCGGCCGGAGGUGCUGAACGCGUUUAACGUGGGCAAGGCCAAGGCCGUGAUCUGCACCCUCUCCGAUGUGAAGGGCACGACCACGGCCGUCGUCAACCUUCGAAGGGAGUUCCCCGACCUGCCGAUUUUCGCUCGCGCCCAGGACGCCAGGCACCAGAAGAACCUCGCCUCCAUCACGGACGUCGUGGCCAUGGUGCCGACCCUCCCCGAGGACUCUAUCAUCGUCAGCCUCCCAUUCGGCGGCGCGGUUCUCCGGAGCCUGGGCUGCACGGCGGACGAGGUGAACGUCCUGCUCGAGGACACCCGGAAGAAGUUCGUGCUGGAAAAGGGUCUGGAGAACGAAGAGGACGACAACCUGUUCGAGCAGCUGGGCAUCCAGAAGUCCAUGGUCGAGACCUACACGGAGAACCCCGUCUUGAAGGACGCCGUCGGCGCCGACACCGGCGAAACCGACGACGCGCGGGACGCCGGAAAGGGCUCUGCGGCAGCCGCGACGAAGACGGAAAAGGCAGCGGAGGCGGCGGCAGCGGUGGCAGUGGUAUCGGCAGCGGCAAAGCCGACGGCCGCGACCAACCUCCCCGGUUUGGACGGCUCGUCGGACAGCGAUGAGGACGUCGCCGCGGACGGCUCAGCCGCCGCCGCCGAGGUGCAGGCAAUAGUAGCAGCCGCGGCAGCGGUCGUCGAGUCCGAGCCAGAGAGCUCGGAGGCGGCGCGGGCGGCGGCGGCCGCGCUCGAGGCCGCCGUUGCGUCCGGAGACGUGGUGUACCCCAAGAACGACCCCACGCACGACGCCGACAAGGACGGAGAGGGCGACCUGGACGGGGGCAUCGUGGACGGGGAGGACGGGGAGGGGGAGGAGCUGGCGGCGUCGGUUAGCGCGAAAGAAAGCUCUUGAGUGUUCAAGUUGCUUGAAGCAAUAGCAGUAGUUCGAGUUUUUUUGUUGAAGUCUGUGUCCAUCUGUCUGUCCUGGGUUCGUUAAGGGUGUGUCAUUGUUUUGUUUUUCUUGUGUUGUAUUUUUCCGUUUGAUGCGACUGAACAGGUGUGGUAUUGUUUCGAAUGGUGCCCCUCUUGUCUCGACGGAAUCGUUGGGUUGGAGAGAGACAGGCUAGACAGCGACAGAGCACGAGCAACAGAAAUGAUUGUGAUUAUUCCCAAGUCCAAUACGGUUUUCCUCACGAAAGGGAGACAACGCUUCUGCGUGAUCGCUCUGCGUGCUGGAGAUAUGUCGGCCCAUGUUUUGUCUACAUUUUACUCGACCGACUGACCGACCGAGUCGGAGACGCAGUUGUUAGUUUUGAGUGUCUACAAAGGGUGGGAAUGGGAGGGGGGUGGACGGCGAGGAAGUGGAUGGUAGAUAUGCAUACCACACUCGUCAGUUUUUCUUUCGAGUUUCUUGAACAUGCGUGGCUCAACUAGGCUGCCUGUGUACACGUUUUACCCGAUGAUUGGCAUUGUUGGGUAUGUAUCCAGGAAGCACUGACUGCUGUGAUACCCACAUCUUCGCCCCGUUGACAGCAGAGUUGUUUGCUGCCAAUUUUUUCAAGCUACUGCUGUAGCAUGCAGUUGUGGCACGCCGACUUGCAGCGUAUCGAGGUUUGGCCAUGGAAAACAUGAAGCGAGACACCCACACGCAGGUGUGAUUAAUUAACGUGCUUUAGCGUCGUUUGACCGUGUCUCGUUCCGGGAGGGCGCACGCGGAUGGGUGGGGUACAGUACGUACAUUUAUUGCGGGUGAUGGGUAGACUGUAACUGCCAUGUUUAUCGCUCGACAGCUCGAACUGAGCAUGGAAUGGCCAUGAUUUUCCCACGUGCGCGCCAUGACAGCAGUGUUACUACCCAUAUCGGUGUGUGAAUAAGUAGUCUGAUCGUAGAUAGGUCGAAGAGGACACCGGCUGCGGAGGAGUAGGAGUGAGUACCGUGAGCGAAUGAAUGCAGUGUGGCGCCUACAGCGUGGGCCUACCUAGCUCGACCUCAAUGACAGUGGUUUGGUGUAGCGUGCACCGUUUUCUAUGGAGGGAAAUCGUCGGUUGAUGUAAUAUAUCCAUGCAAGCGCGCUGGAGAUCGACCACCUAGCUAGCCAGUCAUUCCCUGAGUGCGCAGUGCGCAAUGAUACGCUUUUGCAUAUGCAUUGUUGUUGUUGUU